AUGGGAGCUGGGAGUACAACUCAGAUGGAGCUCUUCUUGGAGUACUACACAAUUACUGAAGACUGUCAACGUCUAAACCGCCGGAAGAGGGUUGUUUCCAUCCAACAGCAUAGCACAAAAGCGCACUCUGAGGCCGGGCGGAGUCUGGCGCUGCAGGAAGAGGCUCCUUUUUGCGUCUGCAUCUGGUCCCCGCGCGCUCCUCUCGGGCGUCCGCCCGCCGGCGUCCUGGCUGCCCGGGCUGUGGCUGUCCGGGUCGUGGCCUGGCUGCUCCUCGGGGCGGCUGGGCUCACCCAAACGCUCGCCACCAACUCCACCGACGCCCCCUUCGGUGCUGGCAUAAGGGCUCCUUGUUCUGAAAUUAUUUUAAGGCAAGAAGUUUUGAAAGAUGGUUUCCACAGAGACCUUUUAAUAAAAGUGAAAUUUGGAGAAAGCAUUGAGGACUUACAGACCUGCAGACUGUUGGUUAAACACUACAUCCCAACAGGACUUUUUGUGGAUCCUUAUGAAUUGGCUUCAUUACGAGAGAGAAACAUAACAGAGGCAGUGAUGAUUUCAGAAAACUUUAAUAUAGAAGCCCCAAACUAUUUGUCCAAGGAAUCUGAAGUUCUCAUUUAUGCCAGACAAGAUGCACAGUGCAUCGAUUGUUUCCAAGCCUUUUUGCCUGUGCACUAUCGCUAUCACCGGCCACAUAGUAAAGAUGAAGAAACAUUUAUUGUGGUCAACAACCCACAUUUAUUGAUGUAUUGUGACCAAGAGUUCCCAAUUUUGAGAUGCUGGGCUCAGUCACAAGUGGCAGCUCCUUGUGCUUUGAAGAGUAAGGAUAUCUGCCAGUGGAACAACAUGAAGUAUAAAUCAAUAUAUAAGAAUGUGACUCUACAAGUUCCAGUGGGACUGACUAUACAUACCUCUUUAGUAUGUUCUGUGACUCUGCUUAUUACAAUUCUGUGUUCUACUUUGAUUCUUGUAGCUGUUUUCAAAUAUGGUCAUUUUUCCUUAUAAAUUUUAUUCAGUUUAAUGUUUUCUAUAAACCAAAUAAGAUAUGUUCAUUUGUGAGUAGAGGUGUUCUGCCAGAAUUAACACAUUGCUUUCAUCAUCAUUUGUGACUAAAAUUAUGUUUACCAGAGGAAAUUUUAGGUCACUCUCAACUAAUUCCAAAAUUUAGUGCUCUGUUGUGUGAACCUUGAUAAUUUUCAAGCAUCAAGUACCAAUAGAAGAGGCUUAAUUCUGUUAAAUUAUAUAUUGUGACUUUAUCUUCAUUUGGGAUAGAAAAAUGAGUUCCUUAUUUAUUAGUGAUAAAUCAUUUUAAUUUUUUGAACAGAAACCUUUCAAGUUAAGCUAAAAAUUGAGAAAAUCAUUAUAAAUAAGAAUAAAAUCAUUUGGAUGAAAAUGAAGUUAUUUAAACUUUAAUUUCAUGAGACUAUUAAGGCUAUUCAGAGUUUAACAGUUAAGACAUUAUUAAUAUCAAAAUUGAUUAUUCCUUGAAGCACCUCAGUUCUCCUUUACCUUUUAUAAUAUUUGCAUAGGACUUGAUGAAACAGUACUAAGAUAAACUAUCAAGAUUGUCAGAAAGAGAACUCAGAUUGUCAUUUUAAAGAGUAUAUUUUAAUAAACUGUACAUUUACAAAAAAGAUGGAAUUUCAAGUGAUUUUCUUUUUUUUUUUAACAAAGGGUCUGAUUUACUGUCAUAUUUGGGAUCAUUUUAAAAAAUAAAGUAAAUGACAUAGACUUAAAAAGUAAAACUGUGGGACAUGGUGGC